UGCUUUUCUUGGUCCGUCUACCGCUCUCGCCUCGACUCUCGCUGGUCCCAUUGUACCCUGUAUUCCUCUUGUAUUGCUCUACACGGCAGAAACGUCACCCGCUUACCCCAUCUCUUCUAUUUACACCUCGCCGUUAUCACUUUUUUAUCCCCUCUGCGAUUACUGCACUGCGCCUGUAAAAUAUCCAGAUCAUGGCUGGAGACCGUAGCGACUCGUCGUCCAAUCUCGACGCUGAGAAAGAGAAGGAGCGAGACAGAGAGGACAGAGCCGAGAAAGGGUCUAAGCAAGCAAAGUCGUCGUCGUCGAAAGCCAAAGAUCUCUCACAUGUACCUUGCAAAUUUUUCAAGGUUGGCUCAUGCACCGCCGGCUCAUCCUGCCCUUUCUCGCAUGCUUCUCAAGAGCCGGGAGGUCAGAAGGAUACUUGCGCUUGGUUCGUGAAGGGCAACUGCAAAUUUGGCCACAAGUGUGCACUUGCUCAUAUUCUACCUGGUCAACCUAUGACCAUGGAUAGGAAGAACAAAAAGGCUGCCCAGGUGGCUGCAGGUGGUGGGAGAGAGAAGGGCGGUCGGGGUAGCAGGAAAGAUAGCCAAGUACCUCCUUCCCGUACCUCGCUUGCGCCUAACCGUGGUUUGCCAUCGUCAAGACCACCCAUUACUAUGUCGCUCAAAGCCAGUAUAUCUCCGUCAGCGCCAGCGCCGGCUCUCAAGGACACUGAUUUCUCAUCCUUUGGUGCUUUGGAGGAAGCGUCCAAGUUGUCUGAUGCUCCAGCCCAGAGGAAGCCAGACUCCGACGUGACUCCUCCCGCUUCGGCUCAGGCAGAUGCUACUCCUACUAUCCCUACUGCGCCUGCACCAAAAGAACCGUCCAAGCCUGACGGAAGUUCUUCCUCCCCCGGCAGCCUUCCCGUGUCCACGCCUCGACGAACGAAUUUGUCUCCACACAAACCUCCCAUCGAUUUUGGUCCGAUUGGUUCACCACCUCGUGCAGGCCCCAACGCUGCGUCACCCCAUUCUCGCGUAAACGGCAAUGGCAUCGGUACUUUCUCUCCAGGAACAUCACCUGCUCAAAGGAAUCUCAAUGGUAGCAACUUCACGUCUUCGUCCCCAUUUUCUGCUCCACACACAUCUUCGGUGCUUUUCAACUAUCCUGGAGAGCAAGGAAGAGCUGGUCUGGCUGCCAGCCUCGGUACAGGUCUAACGAUGGGCGGUAGCUUCGGAGGUCGCAAUACCUGGAAUGCUGACGUUGGCGGCAUCUCUUCCAGCCAUGUUCCCAGCUCGAACUUGAAUGCGUUCGGUCGUGGGGACUUUGACUUGGAUGACGAUUCACGAGGUGAAGAUAAGGUGACGGACGGGGAAAUGUUCUUGCCUGGGUCGCUCUCGGAGCUGCUGACGACCGAAGAGAUCAACAGAAGAAAGAUGCAGCAGAGUGAAGGAUUGCAGACAGAAACUCUACAUCGGGACAGUCAGCUUGGAUUAGGUGUUCCUAUUCCUAAUGGACCACAAGUGGUGACGAGUGGACAUCGUCACUCGCGUUCUGUUCCCGCUCCUUCGUUACUCAGUGACGUGGGCUCCAUUUGGUCAGACGCUUCGCGCGCCCCACCUGUUCCGCCUGUUCCGGCCGGCUUGCCAUCAUCCCCUACGCGUCUUGGAUUUGGCAAUGGUGCACCCACCUCAUUCACGUCGGCGGCAUCUGGCUUUGGCGGUCGUUCGUAUGAUCCACUUGGCGAUGGGGAGUCGCUUUUGGCGCCAAGCAAUGCAAGUGGUGCAUUCUUGCCUGGAUUACACCAGCACUAUUUCCAGUCAAAAAAACAGAACAGUUCCUCGGCCUUGGGAGCUUCGGGACGUAGUAUCCGCAACACCAGCAAUCCCAUCUUCUCCCAGCCAGGCGCCACCGCCGCUGGGAUAUCAAAUUACUUACAGUCGGGACCAGGUGGCGGUACUUCCCAGCUCUCUAGCUUCAAUUCAUCACGCCAGGCAGCUUACGAUUCUCACGCCCCCAAUCCUAAUCCCUCUCAAGACACCUAUCUUCCUAGCGGUCGUCCAAUACCUAGCCAGCCACAACAACACCAGCCGGAAGAUCUACACCUGAUGUCUCCCAAUGCACGCGCUCUACAUGCUCAUGCACCAGGUCAGAGUCUUCCUCAAGGUCUUGCUGCAGGGUAUUCCCGCAUUCACGCGCAGCCACCCAUUCCCGUCGCUUCGCCUGGAUCUACUGGUAUCGGUGGAUUCAGCAUGUCACCAGGUCUCACGAACGUGUUCAACCCAGGACCUUACGGUACUAAUACGUCCGACGACUGGUCCAGUAGGCAGGCGGGUCUUUCGCCAAGUCUUGUUGCGGGGGUAAAUAGUGGGAACAAUGGGCUGGACUCGUUUUCGAAACUAUCAUAUUCCGCUGCUGCUGCAACGAGGGGUUCAUCGUCCACUGGUAGUCCCGGUAGGAAUGUAACGGGAUCUUUCUCUCAUCGACCCCGUCUUGUGUCCUCUGGUGGGCCCUUGAGUCCUUUGAGUGGCCCAGUUGUAACACGGGAUGACGUGGACGAUGAUGGAGAGCUGUUCAGCAUGGAUGGGUAAUCGUAGUGCAAGCGAUCGGUCAUUUUUGUUGCCAAAGUGUACGUAUAAUCGUUGUCGGACCGUUGCUCUGAAUUCGUCUUUGUUCAAGUUCUAUCUAUUUCUUCUAUCCAACUCCUUAUUUCUCUUAAUGUCUGCCUUGCAUAUAUCCGCGCCUUACCACCUCGUCCGCUUUCUUUCACUUACUGACGUACACUGCUUGCUCGAUGUCUAUUCUCCGCUGAUUCUUGCUUGGUUUACUCAGCCCAGUGCUGAAAUAAUACUGCCCUCUUUCUGUUCCAUUCCUAUCCUCACCCACGCAUGCAUAGUCGUAGGAACUAUAUAACGUCCGCUCACGACCAAAGUAGAUCUAACAUAUAGUUGUAUCAAUAUUAGCCCCAAAAUGAACAGCAAUGUUUUUGUC